CUUUUAUCUUAUUGUUGUUUUUGUUGUAAUAUUUGACCAAUAUGGAGCAAACAGCCAUCUCCUAUGAUAAAUUCCAUAAAUGUAUCAGUGAAAUAGUGAAAAUUUCUGACAAGAUUUUGGAUGGCUGGCAUCUACAUGUCAAAGACGAUUUGAGUUACUUAGCAAAAAAAUCUACAACAUUAUUAGGUGAUACUGUAGUGACUUUUGAGUAUCAUAUAGCUUUUAACUUAAGCUAUGGAGUUCCUGUUUUAUGCUUUAAUGUUUGGAGGCAAGAUGGCAGCAUGCUUUCCAUGGAAGAAUAUUGGAGCACUAACAAAUACCUUAAGGAAUCAAAUAUGUUUGAUACACUAACUCAGAUGGAUCAUCCUGUCUUAUGUAGACCUUUUCUGACAUUGCAUCCAUGUAAAACUGAAGAGAUUAUGCAGCCUGUUUUGGCAAUAAGUAAAAAUCCAGUGGUGUCAUGGUUAAGUGUUGUUUCACCUUUUGUUCAUUUAGAGUUGUUAGAUGAUUAUGUGAAGUGUUGCUAAAAGAAGGAACAUUGCUUGCUAGAAAAUAAUUGGACAGAUUGGAAGAAAUGUUUAUUUGCCCGUUAUUUAAAGGUAAAAUGGUAAAAUCUUAAACAAGUUUACAAAGCUUAUUGCUAGCCUAAAAAGUUUAUUGCUUUGGUAUAGUUAGAUUUAUAUUAUAUAGGAUCAUUUAAAAUUACUGGCAUAUUCUUUACAUAUAAAAUAACAAAAAGAACACUUUUUUACAUGGC